GUGCCUUGUUUAAACCAAGGAUUUGGUUGCCCCUUUGUAAUGACUCGAAAUAAGUUAGCUGAACAUUUACAGUACUGUCCUGCAAAUGUAGUAUGCUGUACAAUGGAGUGGAAUAGAUGGCCAGUAAACUAUGCAGAUAGAACAUCUUACGAAAACCUCAGCACAGAUGUUGAUAAAGUAGAACAGCUAGAUCUGGCUUUAGCUUUGCAAGAUCAAAGAAUGCUUCUGGAAUCUCUCAAAGUGGCAACGAUGAUGUCUAAAACAACUGAAAAGCUUGAACGUCAUGAACCGAUACCUGGUAAAGCAGAAAAUGAUAAUAAAAUGCUUUCAAAGGAUGUUUCUAGUGAUGAAGACUCUUAUAAUGCAUUUUAUCAAGCAACACUUGAGACAACAAAGAGUUUAGCUGCUGCCCUGGACAUAUUAAAUAACGCUACAAGAGACAUUGCUAUGCUUAAUGGUAGGUUAAGAGAUGCCAGUUCUGAGAUGAACAAAAAAUUUCAGAUUUCUGAACAAAAUGGUAGAUGUGAUAUAUUUAAAGAUCAAGGAUUUGUUGAAGAAUGCACUGGGGCUUCUAAUGACGUGAUGUGCAGUCCCUUGAAACAGUUGCAUCAAAAUGGUUCCAGUGAUUUCUGUCAAAGAGACUGUAGUGAUUUAGCUGAAUGUGAAGACCUGAAUAUAAAGCAAACAUCUGUAAUGUGUAAUGGUUUCCACAAUGAUGAAAAGGAUGUAUUUACUGUAGUGUCAAGACAAAAUGCUGGUAUUCCCCUAGAUGGCAGUAAAAAACAUGUAAACCAUAAUGGUUCUUUUCUUGGUGUUGAGCAUCUCUCGGCUACAUGUAUCAAAAAUGGUUCUGAGGAGCAAAUGGAUAAAAAUGGUGAACAGUGGUUCCGAAAUGUUGCUGUCUUUGGAAGAAGCCCAUUUCUCGGUAAUUCAUAUUGGUUUAAAGCUAGGACUGAAAGUAAGGCAGUAGACACCUCUGAUCUGGAAGUACAAGAGGAUCCUAUGGGACUCAAUCGCAUUGAUUUAGUCACAGCUGCUUUUUCUGUUUUGUUUAGGAGAGUCACCAGGAGGUAGAGGAAUUUCUGAAAGGCGAAAUGUAGAUUCUAAUCAUAUUGACUGUGGAACC